UCGAGCUGGCGCGCGGUGACGCCCGGUGACGCUGCUCGGUGACGCCGCGAUGUUCGGUGACGGUGGUGUGACCAGCCCCGGGGGGCUGCUGCGGCUGCUGAUGGUGGCGGCUGCCCUCUCGGUGCCGUCGGUCCGAGCCAACCCGGACGCCAAGAGGCUGUACGACGACCUGCUGUCCGACUACAACCGGCUGAUCCGUCCGGUCUCCAACUCCACGGAACGGGUUACCGUCAAACUGGGCCUGCGGCUCUCGCAGCUCAUGGACCUGAACCUCAAGGAUCAAAUCUUGACAACGAAUGUGUGGGUGGAACACGAGUGGAUGGACUACAAGUUCACAUGGGACCCGGAGGAGUACGGUGGUGUGACCGAGCUUUACGUCCCAGCCGAACACAUAUGGCUGCCAGAUAUCGUCCUGUACAACAACGCCGACGGAGAGUACGUCAUCACGACACUCACCAAGGCGGUGAUACACAGCGGCGGACGGGUGGUGUGGAACCCGCCGGCCAUCUACAAGUCCUACUGCCAGAUCGACGUCCAGUACUUUCCCUUCGACCAGCAGCAGUGCUUCAUGAAGUUCGGCAGCUGGAGCUACGGCGACUCGGUGAGCUAG